AUGGGAAAGUCUACUUGCUUUGCUGCAGCAUCGGGCAUAAAGAGAGGUCCAUGGACUCCUGAAGAAGACAGAAAGCUCUUAGAUUUCAUUCAACUGCAUGGCCAUGGAAGCUGGAGCUCCUUGCCCCAAAAAGCUGGUUUGAAAAGAUGCGGGAAGAGCUGUAGGCUAAGGUGGAGAAACUACCUAAGGCCUGAUAUUAAGAGGGGAAAUUUCAGUUUGCACGAAGACCAAACCAUCAUUCAACUCCAUGCACUUCUAGGCAACAGAUGGUCGGCUAUAGCUGCGCACUUACCAAAGAGGACAGACAAUGAGAUCAAGAAUUACUGGAACACACAUCUCAAGAAACGACUGGCCAAGAUAGGGUUUGACCCUGUCACCCACAAGCCCAAGACUGCCAUUCUUGGCUCUGCCAAUGGUGACCCCAAGAAGUUGUCAAAUCUCAGCCACAUUGCUCAGUGGGAAAGUGCCAGGCUCCAAGCAGAAGCCAGGUUGUCCAAAGAGUCCGAACUACACAAAUCAUCAGCUCAUCAGCUACUUCACGAUCAAACGGCGUCACUUACUCAUGAUCAUCUUCACCAUCAGUUUGCCCCACUCGUUCCACAGUGCCUUGACAUUCUAAGGGCAUCAGCUUGGGAAAGCCUGAUAUCAAUGUCGACAAAGUCAUCAAGCUCAGAUGCUGAUGCACCAACCAGUCACAUCAACGGCGGCCAAAAUCACGUUUCUUUUGGUUAUCAUCAUGAUGUUCAUGAGCAUGGCGUUAAUAUCAUAAGUAAUUUUGAGGGUCCAACAUCGGAUCAUCAGUUCUCAAGCAUGACGGAAUGUGAUGAUUCACGGGCCAUGUCAUCAAUGACGACUGGAUCGCUGGGUUUGAAUGAGCUCAUAGGCCAAUAUUGCGGGAACGAAUGCAGUGAAUUAUUCGAGGCACUCCAGCAAUAUAUGGGGUUUGAAGUUGAGGUCGGGGAUGCUUGGACUAGUUUGGAACAAUUAUUGUGA